AUUGUGAAAAUCAUUGACAUAAUAUUAAAGUUCUUAUAUAUCUCUCGUACAUCUAGUCAAAUGCCACCAGGUAGAACCAUCACAACACCAUUGCCUGUGUCAAAUUCCAGAUUGUGUCAAUAUCACGUGACUCAUCACAUUUCCCCAGUAACAUCACGAAAACUCACCAUCUCCACGCGCCUACGACCAAGAUCAAAUAUCAGCCAACCAAACAACAAAUCCUCAAUCACGCUUCCUCCAGAUCACAACAGAAACUCCCACAUCUCUCACACCUCAAACCCCAACCAUGGCGCCUGCACUUCUCCAAACCAUCCCCCUAGAACAUCUCCCCGAAUCGCACACCCUCCACAUCGCCUUAUACCGCAACAUCACCAAUGCCUCUUUCCUCCACCAACAACUUCUUACCGGAAAUACAGAUUUCGAAUAUGCCUUUAUCGAUGCGAGCGUUGUACUUUCGAAAUUACAUAUUUUAGCAGCAGCGUAUAGGGCUAUAAAUGAUGCAUUGGAAGAAAGAUUAAAGAGUCGAAAUAUUCAUUCGGAGAUUGUUUUCUCGCUGAGUAUGAAUAAUAAUAUCGCAGAAUCUUUCCGUCGCUUCGGUAUAACCCCAACCACCACUUCUCUCCUUGUCGUCAAAGUAGCACCCGCAUCCUCCGCAUCUCAAAUCUCGGAACAUCUUUCGUCUGUAGUUGAAGGCGAACCUGUUUCAUUUGAUGAUGAGUCUUUAGCGAGUAUGGUGGAUAUUGCGAGAGUGAAGAAACUUUAUAAGUUGAAUGUCACUGGCGGUGGCGGUGGUAAGAAAGGUGGUGCGAAUGGUGUGAAUGGGAAAAUCGAGAGCAAAGUGGAUGAGAGGAAAGAAUUAGAGGUCAUGGUUCUGGGGGCGAUGGCGUUGAGGGGUGCUACCAAUUAGCGAAGUUGGUUAAUUAAUGAAAUUGUGUUGUUAUUGUUGUAUGAAAAGUUGCGCAUUCAGGAAUAAUUGAGCCACCAGUGUGUCUUCUUAUUUGUUUAAUUGUGAUGAUUCAACCGUAAAGUCGUGUGUGGAAUAUCAAGCAUUGUCGCUACAAGUCCUGUGCCUUUGGCCACGCCUAGAGUUGCAACGGUCGGGAUAGAAAGUGUUAACCCAAAAAAGAAAGAAAGAGAAACGGCUGUUUAGAAGUUGCAAACGAGAAAUAAAACUUCGAUGAAUGAGGUGAAUUGAAUAUUCCGGAUGCAUUUGGUGUAAGGAUGGUUUCAUUGUGUGGACGAAAGUCAAGGACUAGGAACACUUCAUGGUCGGACUACAAUCUAGAGUAUUGAAAUCCUACCCAUAUUCUUGCGGUCUUACCAGUCAGUCUCAGUUGUAUCCCACUAGAAUAUCUUCCUCCUUCAAUUCAAUGUAAAGAAAGUUGUUAAUAUAUUCCCCCUGUCCAGCUACUGCAGAAGUAUUCAACUUGAGGUUGUUCUUGGUGAUAUCAUCUAGGAUAUCCGAGAGGUAAAGAAGUUUCUGUAGUCUCACGUGGUAUUGUACAAGUGAGCCUUUGGUGGUAUCUAAUACCGAUGCCGCAGCAUUUAGAAUUUUUCCAGCUUCUAGCGCGGAUUUUUUCAUAAGUACGUUCUGUAUACUUCUCGCGAGGGUUGUCCCCACUCUGUUAUGUAAGUUCUCAGCCAGCGUUGCAAGUCUUUUAUCCUCUAUUUUUGUCUUGAAUGGUAGCUGGUUGGGAGGCCAAUACCCAGAAAUCAGAACGAGACAGUCGUUGAAAAGUUCGCGAUGUCUUAGUUUACAUGACAAUUCUAGCAACAUCUCCCUAUGAUCGUUUAUACUGGCAAGAAACUUCGGGCUGCGGAAGAAAGCUGAGUAGAGAGAAUUUGACACCACGGGUAGACAACGGUAGAAAUCGGCCAAGGUUGUAAUCUCUUGCAGAUGCUCUGUGCUUGUAAUUUCGUAAGGCUUUUGGUACAUGCUCAUGAUGAUAUUUUCAAAGGCCAUAAUAUCCAGAUCACCACAACUAGUUGCACCUCGUUGCUUCUGUAGCAUUCCUGACCUUUUCUUUCAACAACAUACCAGCUACCAUCUUCCUCAACCUUUGCAGUCCAAUCAUAUUUCCACAUUGCGCUGGGAGGAGCCGGUUCCUUGUCAGGAGAGUCCAUAAACUUCCGGAAGUACGCGGAAUAUAGCUUCAGAAUACUAGAGUGAACUCGCAAUUCUUUGAGCUGAAAAAUGGUGAUCCGAGUGUCGGGCUUUUGUCCCGGUAAGGAAAAUGUCACAACUUGGGGAGAAGGCAUGCUUGGGUCUGACUAGAUGUACGCUUUGAAUGUAGGUAAUAGGUGAUUCGAGACAGUUAAAUAGACAGCAUAGAUUGUCGUCCAGAGCCGAUGAGCUGAUUUUGACGCGGUUGCGCGACGUUCUAUUUCCAAAAGAUUUCCGGAAGCUUUGGCUAAUGUAUGAAUAUGGUAUGAAUGUUUGAGAACGACACCUUGAAUAUCUCACUUCACCAGCUAAAAUGAAAAAACGAAGAUAUAAGGAAGAUUUGAAGGUAAGAAUGA